AUGGGCCCAGUACCCCGAGAACGGUAUAACGCAAAGGCCAGAAAAUCCCAAUCUGGGUCACAUAAACGCAAGAACGGAAAGCAUCCCGUGCCCGAAGCAACCACCGAUGCAAAUGACCUGAUACACGUACCCAAAACCAAAGACGAAAGAGAGGCGGAUCGAAAGGAAAAAUUACGACAGGAGCUCCUUGAACAGUCAUCUUCAAAGUGGAAUAGUAAGAAGAAGAAGAGGCUGGAAAAAUACAUCGAAAAAAAGCUCAAGAAAGAAGAACGAGUACAGAUACUUGAGAGACUAUCUCAGAGCCAAGCUCAGAUACCUUCUUCACUUCACCUCCAGUCAUCUUCAACCCUUGGAACCGGAAAGGUUCGAACGCACCAAGAAACAGCUGAUAGGCUCGAAGAUAAAGAAGUGCGGCGUGCUUUGGAUGGUCGAGUUGGGAAGAGGAAACGACACGAAGUUUAUGAUGUGAUUGACGAAAGCGACGAGGAUGAGGGAGACCAUGAUCUUGACGUUGUGGAGGGGAACGCGUCAAAGGAGUUCUCGGCAACCAUCAUUUCUGAAAAGGGUUCAAUCAGCGAACCAACUGUAGGUGGGGCCCUCAAGCGGGACGCGAAUGGAAACGUCUUGGUUCCAAAGGUCCGACAGAAGAAUAAGUCUGCAUUCGCCAGUUGGAAAAAGAAAAAGACGCUCCAAUCUUCGGACGAGUCUGAUACGUCGUUUGAUAGUUCAGCAUCUGAAAGUGAAAGUGAAUUACGGAAAGGAGAAAAUGAGAGGAGCGAGGAGGAAGAGAAUAAAGGGGAUGAAGAGGAAGAGGGCGAAGAUGGGGAAGACAGCGACACGACGGAUGAAGAAGACGACGAACCUCCGAAGACCAAAAAAGGCCUAGGGUUCAAGGAUUGGGCGCUGAAGCAACUGAGUGUCGCUAAAGGAUACGAGGACUCACCAUCCGGGGGACCUGAUCUAACGGCAACGACCCGACCACCUUCAAGUAAAAAACAAAAAUUGCAUCAUUCGUCCGCCCAGCAGGAAAUGCGCGGCCCCUUAGGUGAGGAACUGCGUCUCCCCGCUACUUCCUUUGCAUCCAAGUUGCAAUCUGCGAAGUUAGAAAAUCCAAAUGGAACAUCAACGAAGUCCAACUAUGUCCCAGUGUCGCGGCCCCCGGAUGUCGAGGAGGGUCGGUUGCUUCUCCCUGUUGUCGCCGAAGAACAACCCAUCAUGGAGACGAUACUUUUAAAUCCGGUUGUAAUCAUUUGUGGUGAAACCGGAAGCGGAAAGACGACACAGAUACCACAGUUCCUUUACGAGGCAGGGUUUGGGUCUCCUGGAAGCGAAUAUCCUGGUAUGAUUGGAAUUACGCAGCCAAGACGGGUAGCUGCUAUGUCAAUGGCCACUCGUGUUGGUUAUGAGUUGUCCCUUACGUCGUCCAAGGUGUCAUACCAAAUCCGUUACGAUGCUACAGUGUCGCCCGAUACCUCCAUCAAAUUCAUGACCGAUGGUGUUUUGCUCAGAGAGUUGGCAGCUGAUUUCCUGUUGACAAAAUACUCGGUGAUCAUCAUCGAUGAAGCUCACGAGAGAAGUAUCAAUACCGAUAUCUUAAUUGGAGUUUUGAGCCGCGUCAUCAAGCUGAGAGAGGAAAUCUGGAAAGAGGGAACGGAGGGUGCUACGCCCCUGCGCCUCAUUAUCAUGUCUGCUACUUUACGUGUCAGCGAUUUCGCGGAGAACAAAACCCUUUUUGAAACCCCUCCUCCCGUGAUUAACGUUUCUGCAAGGCAACAUCCUGUGACGAUCCACUUUAAUCGACGCACCGCUGCGGAUUAUGUGACAGAGGCCAUCCGGAAAACUAUCAAGAUACACACCAGACUACCUCCUGGUGGGAUUUUGAUUUUCCUAACGGGUCAAAACGAAAUUAACGGGGUAUGUCGAAAACUGGAAGCACGGUUUGGGAGAAGGGCCUUCAAUGAUGCCAGAAGAAGACGAAAGAUCGGCGCGGUCGAAGAUACAUUUUCAGAUGGGCAAAGUACUAAUAGGGUUGGCGCAGCUCAAGCUGACGUUGAACCCGAGGAGGUUGAUCUCGGAGAAUCUAACUUUGAUCAUCCACAAGAAAGCGACGACGGAGAUGAACCAGAGGAUCCGGAUGCCCUGGACAGUGAAGAAGAGCAGCAGCUUGACGAAGAGCUGGGACUAGACGUCAGCGAAGCGGAGUCACCGAUGUACAUCCUUCCUCUGUACUCUCUAUUACCGGCCGACAGACAAAUGCAAGUCUUUCAGCCUUCCCCUCCUGGCUCUCGUUUGGUGGUUGUAUCCACAAAUGUUGCGGAGACCUCGCUCACCAUUCCAGGGAUUCGUUAUGUUGUUGACUGCGGGCGGGCCAAGGAACGACACUACGAUGCAAGCAACAGUAUACAAACAUUUCAAGUCGACUGGAUAUCAAAAGCCUCUGCCGCCCAAAGAGCUGGACGAGCUGGACGAACUGGUCCAGGGCAUUGCUAUCGCCUCUACUCUUCUGCCCUGUAUGAACACUAUUUCAAGGACUUCUCACAACCCGAAAUCCUGCGAGCGCCGAUAGAGGGGGUAGUAUUACAAAUGAAGGCCAUGAAUAUUGAUGCGGUCGUCAACUUUCCUUUCCCUACUCCUCCCGACCGCUCUAGUUUACGCAAGGCGGAGACUGUGCUCAAUUACCUGGGUGCGUUGGAUAAAGAAAGACGUGUGACAGAACAGGGCAGGACGAUGUCCUUGUUUCCCGUGUCGCCUCGUUUUUCCAGAAUGUUAGUCAGCGGUCAACAGCAUGGAUGCUUGCCCUACGUUAUCGCUAUCGUGUCCACCUUGUCUGUCGGUGACCCGUUCUUACACGAAGAAGCAUUACUUCUCCAUGCCGAUGACGACGACGACGACGACGCGGAAUCUGAAGGCCUCUCACACCUAGACAGUCAGAAAGUCCGAGCUAAGGAGGUUUCUCGCUUACAACGGAAAUCUUUUCAUGACUCGCAACACAUCCAUUCGUCUUUGGGAAAUCAUUCUAGCGAUAUCUUCAGGAUGCUCUCGGUCGUCGGAGCGUAUGAGUAUUCCGGUGGUGGUCCUCAGUUCUGUAAAGAGCACUUCGUACGACUCAAGGCUAUGGAAGAGGUUCAUAAGCUGAGGGCUCAAAUAAGUGCGAUUGUUCAAUCAAAUUUUUCUACGGUUGAUGCAUCGUUCAUCCCCAAUUUACCGCCCCCGAGCGAUCUACAGCUGAAAGUCCUCCGACAGCUUCUAUGCGCCGCAUUCAUCGAUCAAGCGGCUGUAAGAAAAGAUCGUAUUCAGCCGACAUCUGCUGGAUCUCAAUAUGCGACAUCAAAAAAUGUGCCUUACAAAGCUAUGGGUAUAACAGAAGAUGUAUACAUUCAUCCGUCGUCUGUGCUUUCCAACGUCUCUCCACCUGAGUUUGUCGUCUUUACGGAAGUAGUCCGAACUUCACGUCUGUGGAUAAAAGGUCUGAGUGUCAUAAAUCCAGCCUGGCUAUCCUCUCUCGGCAAAUCAAACCUAUGCACGUACUCAAAGCCCUUCAAGAACAACGCGAAUGUCCUGAUGGUAGUCCCUCACUUUGGUUCUGAUGGUUGGGAAUUACCCCCCGUUCGAGCUGAAACCGUUACUCCAUCUUGA